GCCAAGCUGAGGCGAAGCCACAUCGACUGCCUUUCGCACGCCACGCAAGGGGGACUAGUCUACCAACGCGGCGGUUCUUUGUCGCGCUUCUGUGGCAGGAUUUAUAAAAAGAGAAGAUGGGAUCUGGAUGCCUGAAAGUUACGAAGUACUUCCUUUUCCUCUUCAACCUGCUUUUCUUUAUCUUGGGUGCUGUGAUUUUGGGCUUCGGAAUAUGGAUUAUGGUCGACAAAAACAGCUUCAUUUACGUUUUGCAAAUGUCAUCAUCAUCAUUAAAGACUGGGGCAUACAUUCUCAUUGGAGUUGGGGCCGUCACCAUGUUGAUGGGAUUCCUGGGCUGCCUUGGAGCAGUCAAUGAGAUUCGAUGUCUCUUGGGACUGUACUUCACCUGCCUGUUGCUGAUCCUGAUAGGUCAGAUAGCUGCCGGGCUGCUCAUCUACUUACAACGAAGUGCACUCAAAGCAGAAGUAUCUGGAAUCGUCCAUAAACUCAUCCAGGAUUAUAAUCCUGAUGAUGAAAAAAACAGGACCAUUGAGAAUGCAUGGGACUAUGUCCAGUCACAGCUUUCUUGCUGUGGCUGGACUGGGCCUGAAAACUGGACACAGAACACAAUCCUCUUGGAAAGAAAUCAGACUUCGUACCCUUGCUCGUGUAAAAAUGUCACAAUGGACUCUCUGCCUUAUGAGGGCUUCUGUAAUUUGGACAUUGCUUCUAACCCCAAUGCAACAUUUGCUGAUUGGCCAGUUAACAAGCCAGGGUGCAUGGAAGGUGUGGAGAGCUGGGUGCAAGAGAACCUGGGCAUCAUUCUUGGAGUCUCCGCAGGAGUCGCUGUGAUUGAGCUGCUGGGAAUGGUGCUUUCCAUCUGCCUCUGCAAGAACAUACAUACUGAAGACUACACCAAAGUGCCCAAGUACUGAGACUGCUGGCCUCAGGAAUUGCCCCAGAGCAAAUGGACCAUUUCUCUCCAUGUACCCAGACUGUCUUCAUCACUUAGCAUUCCGCCUGUGACAUGCAACAUUGCUGUGGAUCUCUUAGGCUGCAUUGCAGCUGUGAAUUCUUUGAGGGACUAGGGCUUGGGCAGCCCCCCUCCUAUCUCUUGACUGUUCUUCCAUGAAGCAGGCCACUUAAGUCUUCCUCUACUCAUAUGAUGCCCUGCACCUUUACUGUCAGCACUGUGCUAGACAGUCCUUUAUUUUUAUCUAUGUUUUGACCCAUUGUGAUUAGACUUAGAGCAGCCCGUCCUGCAGCCACUGGCUACCAAUGCUGUAUGUACAUAACCAUCCUUGCAUUCUUCAAAUAGGAAGAAUCUUCAGGGCCUUGAUAACCAUGGUGGCACACAAGUGUGUCUUUUUUCAAACACACAUGCUGUAGAAAGGCACAUCUUUUCUCUAAUCGAUCUGACACCUCUGCCUUUCUCUGCUUCCUCAAACCUACUGAAUUUUCUCUAGAAUCUCAUGUUGCACAGAUGUCUGUGUCUUCCCCAGAAUAGCACCUUUUUCUUUAUUGUUCAAUCUUGGUUGGCGACAAUCACCAGCUCCAAGUUGGUCCAGCCACAAGCUUAUUAUUUCACCAAAGUUCCCCUCUGGAUGAGGGGGUGGGACGUGGGGAGGAAGGGACUUGGUAUGUCUUUUCUCUGCGAUCUUCUUUAUCUUACUGGAUCAUGUUAACUUGGAGGUACUUUUGAGGCUGUGCACAUAGCAUGGGUGAGUCGCACAGGCUCAGUGGAAUAUGUUCUUGGGUUGCCAACUUUUAUAGUGGUGAUUAUUAAGAUUAUAUCUAUUUUUCCAAUAUGAAUCUUCCACAGUUCUUGUUUUAAAGUUUGCCUUGGUGAUGUAAUUGGUAUCUGGAAUUCCUGGAUCAUUUGAACCGUGGGUCGGCUGGGCAGGCAAGUGAGAGAGAGACCACUGUACUGAUCAUGACAUACAUCAUACAUAGUAUAUAGCUGUGACUCCUUCCCACUGGUGCCAUGUGACCCUGGAGUUGCCAAGAUUGCCAUAUGAACCACGGUGUGUGUGUGCGCAGCAGGAACUUGCUCUGUGGGUUUCUAUACUGGAGGAAGUGUCGACACCCCAUAGUCAUACUCAUGAUACAGUCCUAGGGGUGAGAGCAUGGAGGGCGAUGGAAUUCCUUGAAGGAAAGUUGAGAAGUAGAUGAAAGUCACAGGUGCAUGUGAUGAUUACAUUCUGAGCAACAGUGUUUAUUUGGCCACAUGGUACAAUGUUUCAAUUUCAGAGCAACCUGGUAAAUCACUUACAGAAAAUGGACAAAGGUUGUUCAUGUACUUCCCUAUGCCAAGUCCUUAGCCUCUCUGAUUACAUGGCUUACUGGGUCUAUACGUUAUUGGUGUUCUUUCUCUGAAUUGAGGAGGAGCACCAAGUACAUCUGAAAAUUCAAUAUCCAAAGAGGCUCUGUAGCAUAGAAAGCCUAAUGGGACAAGUAUCUAAAUAAAGGCCUUAACAUAUAAAAAAAUAUAACCUUGAAGAGGGAUUUUGAUAGGUAGCUCGCUUAAAUUUUCCAUCCAUGUGAAAGUAUGUUGUGUAUCCUAGAAGACAUGAAAGAAAUUGAUUUUUUUCUGUUCAAGAAAGACUGGUGAUGAUGCACACAUAAGGGAGAUUAGAUGGUUAUAGUUUUGCUUUGAGUAUCAGGCUAGAGUUCUGUGCAGUAAGAGACAAUGAUGAAUAAUCCAAGGAGAAUGUUUUUUCAUCCAUGGUUGUUGUAAUACCUCUGUAUAAAGGUUCUGGUUAGCAAUGAGGCUUGUAAAGGGGUAAACAGCAAAUCUGAAUGCUGUAAUUCCUGGCAUGAUUUCUUGUGUAAGUUUCUUUUACCCUGUUUUUUCAACUUUUGAAUUGGUUGUAAAGCUCAGUUUUUAUAUUCACCUCUUGUGCUUCAACUGAAAAGCCGCUUCCUUGAUAAGCUGUUUGUUCUAUGAUUCUUGUUCUCAUGUUUUGAUUUAGCUCUCCACAGAAGAAAAGUGGAGCUCCUUCAUCCCCCCCCCCAUUUUUUGUUUUGUUUUUUAGGAACCUCUUCCAAGUGGAAGAAAUGCAUGUACAGAUUUAAACAAAUAAUGGGUGGGUAUUUCAGUAAUAAAAAUG